UGUAACCAAGCAUCACACACAACACAGUUCACUAGAGCGAGCUUGGACACACUCUGCUGCAUGCAUGCUUAUAAAAUUGGCCAAACCAAUUAAACCAACUAACCAAAGCAAAUCAAGCAGCAUAGAAUUAGAAUCUCUAACUCUCACGGUUUCAUCAAAUCUGAGUCUGAGAUUCACAAAAAUGGGUGCUUCCAGUCACAACUCUGACCUCAUUGACUGCUCCAGCGGAAGUUCCAAAAAGCAAUUGCAGACGGUGGAGGUGAAAGUGAGAAUGGACUGCUGCGAGGCAUGUGUGAAGAAGGUCAGGAAGGCAGUCAAGGGUAUGGAAGGGGUAAACUCCGUUGAGAUUGAGCGCGAGGCAAACAAGCUCACCGUUACUGGCUAUGUUGAACCCUCUGAUGUCGUGUCCCGCAUCGCUCACCGCACUGGGAAUAAGGCAGAGAUCUUGUCCUAUGUUUCAUACGAAGACGUCGGGGGAAUAAGGCAGAGAUCUUGUCCUAUGUUUCAUACGAAAACGCCGUGCCCGACGUCGUGCCCAGCAUCACUGGUUCAAAGGCACAGAUCUGGUCCUGUGUUCCAUACGACGAUGUCGUUAGUAAUAUAUAUUUAUUUAUCUGUUUUAUUGUUUUACUUUCUUUAGUGGUCAGUUCUACUUGUAUGGUUUAGCAAGUGGCCUAUUUAAAGCAUUGAAUUUAUAUCAUAUGUAUCUAUAGGUUAAACCAAUGUUCAUAGAGUGUCCUUCAUGAAAUUCCUCAAACUGUCACUUUCUUUAGUUCCAAUCAAGGAGUCACUUUCUGAAAAUCUCAUUUCGGUAGCCAUUCAGUCUUGGUUUUACCUUUAAUGACAUGGAUUGAUUUCAGAUGAAGGGGGAAGUUGUGACAAUAAUAAGCAAAAUGUCUAGCUUUAGAACGAAAAGUAGAAAAAUCUUACUAAAAGGAUAAAGAGCAAAGCUCUCACUUGUGAAGGGGAGAAGUUCCUAGUGUGAGGGAGAAGUCCCCCUUGAGAGGGAGGGUAACGGCGUCUUGCCUCUUGUACGUUUUCUCGCUGAGCUUUGCAACAGUAUUAAUGGACAAUGUUUAAACAACUUCAAA